UCAGGGGAAUUAUUUGGGGAAGUUGCUUUAAAUCUCUCAAUAUAAUGCGGAAUGUUGUUUGAUUACGGGUAUCUUUAAACGAAUAAUUACUAAGGAUAUAUUUGUAUUGACAAGAUAUUUCCCAGCCUCUGUAUUUAGGGUUUUGAAAUCAUCCUUGUUCGUUAUCCACCCUCGAAACUCUAGUUCAAAGAGCCUGUCAGAAAUAUGAUGAAACAUUUGCCGGCUACUUUGUUGCUGAUACAAACGUGAAAGAAUGCCGCAGUGACCAAGAUUUUGUGUCCGUAUAAUGAUAUCUCUUUUUAUGCAAAUAGUUAUUAUUUGACAGGACUAACGAGUGUUGGGACUGAAGUGAGGCUGUUGGGGUAGCUUCUCACCGCUCUCUCGUUCAUUUGGCAACACUAGUUGUGACAGAAGCGGCGCGAGACAUGUAUCCGGCUCGUCGGUGUUCGUUCCUUCACCGAGACUUGGCAGCGUUGUGUCUCUCCUCCCUGGGGCCGGCAGCUAAGAAACAGACACCUACGAAGAAAUUAUCCCUCCCGGCUCCACGGCACUGUCACACCGGAGGAGAAGGCGGCAAGCCACAGGUGAAAUCACGCGGCUCAUCGCCCACGUCAGCGAGCUCUAUACCAGUGUGUCUGAUGGGCAGCAGUAGCAGCAGCAGGCUGUUUGGUACCCUGGCCCAGACCCUGAACAGUGCUCCACUGGCCCAGCAGGACUACGACCCAGAGCACCAGGACUCAGACCAGGACCCGGAGGGCCUGGAGCAGGCCGACCCAGAUCAGCUGCUCAGGGAGUGCGAGGAGAUCCUCCAGAACCGGCCGGCCCGGCCCCACAGGGACCUGGUCUACCCUGUAGACCCUAAACACCAGCACCAAUACAGGAACAAUGAGCAACAGCAAACACCAUCUAUACGGGUCAUGACAUGGAACAUCCUAGCCCAAGCUCUAGGGGAGGGUAAGGAUGGCUUUGUGCAAUGUCCUCUGGAUGCUCUGAACUGGGCUGAGAGGAAGUACCUGAUCCUGGAAGAGAUCCUCACCUACCGCCCUGACAUCCUGUGUCUCCAGGAAGUGGACCACUACUACGACACCUUCCAGCCCAUCUUGGCCAGCCUGGGCUACCACAGCACAUUCCUUCCCAAGCCCUGGUCCCCCUGCCUGGAAGUGGCCAGCAACAACGGCCCUGACGGCUGUGCGCUCUUCUACCGCCGUGCACGCUUCAGCCUCCUCCACACCUCCCACCUGCGCCUCUCUGCCAUGAUGCUGCCUACCAAUCAGGUGGCCAUCGUGCAGACGCUGCGUUGCCGGGAGACGGGCCAGAGGCUGUGCGUAGCUGUGACCCACCUGAAGGCGAGAAGUGGCUGGGAGAGGCUGAGGGGGGCCCAAGGGGCUGACCUGCUGCAGAGCCUAAAGGCUAUCACCUCGAGGGCGGCUGGGUCAGACCCAGUCAGUAGGGGACCUGGGGGAGGGAGUGGGACAGGGGGGGUGCCUCUGAUAGUGUGUGGGGACUUUAACGCUGAGCCCUCAGAGGACGUGUACAGGCGUUUUAUCUCCUCCCUGGGUCUGGACUCCGCCUAUAAGCUGCUGAGUGCAGAUGGGCAGACGGAGCCGGCCUACACUACCUGGAAGAUCCGUCCCUCAGGGGAGAGCUGCAGUACCCUGGACUACAUCUGGUACUCUCACGGUGCUUUCACUGUGGACACCCUGCUGGACAUACCCACUGAGGAACAGAUAGGACCUGACCGCCUGCCCUCAUACCACUACCCCUCCGACCACCUCUCACUGCUCUGUGACGUCAGCUUCAGGGAGCCACGGGAUCAACCUCAUAGGCUGAUGUAGGUUGCCUAUCCGAGGCUUCGUGCAAUAGGGUCCCAGUUCAGGACAGUCCUGGAAGAAUCGACUGGAUCAAACAACAUGUGGGAGUGUGAUACUGGAGAAGUGAAUGCUUAUUUUACUUGAACUGGUGCUGAAAUUUGAUUCUGCAGACUUGACACCAGAGAGUAGUUAUUUAUUUAUUUUUUAAACCAGUACUUGUUUUCUGUCAAGUGAGAUGUUAUCCCUCAUGAUCGUUUUUCUUCAUAUGAGGUGUAUAACUGGUUUAAAGUAAUUGGAGAAUAGGAUCCUAUCAAUACUUUAACUGCUAUUAUUUUCAGUGCUGUGGCAACAAGAAUGCCAAUGAGCAUGUCAAAAUAAAAUACUUUCUGACAUCUUG